GGAGUCGCGAGGUCGUGGACGAUGCAGGUUUACGCGAUCGUGCUCCUUGCUGUGUUCGUCUUCCUGUUCUGCGUCCUCUACAUGGCGCCCCUGGUGCAGACCGCGGCGCACACGAUGUCCCUCGCCCUGGUCGUCGUAGUCGCCUCGCACUACGCGGGCGUGUGGCUGCUCAAUGUGCUCACCUACAAGGGGGUCCCACCCAAGGGCAAGAUUGUCGUCAUCACGCGAUGCGACAGCGGCUACGGCAACAGACUCGCUCUCGAGCUCGACCGACGAGGGUUUACGGUAGUGGCCGGCUGCGUGAGCGGAGGGAGCCCCGGCUCUCGACUCCUCAAGCAGCAUGGUAACAUCCACGUUGUCGACACGGACGUCACGCAGACCGAGUCCCUCGCCAAGUUUGAGCAGUACGUGCGAGCCCUGUGCAAGGACGAGAGCCACCUGUGGGCCGUCAUCAUCAACCUGAGCGUGGUGUCCCUCGGCGAGCUGGAGUGGUACGACGACGACGACAUGCGCUGGACAUACGAGGUGAACGUGCUGUGCGUGGCACGCGUGGCCAGGGUGUUCCUGCCGUUGCUUCGAGAGUCGCCGUGCUGCGGCCGGCGAUUCGUCAUCGUGAACAGCGUGUGGAGUCGCAUGGCUGUGCCGGGUACCGGACCGUACUGCAUGAGCAAGUACGCCGUGCGCUGCUUCACCGAGGUUCUGCGACGCGAGCUGCUCAAGUUCGGCAUCUACGUGGUUGGCAUCGAGCCGAACCUGUAUCGGCUGCCGCAGACUGAACCCAGCUCGCUGCUCAAGUCCUACAAGUACAUGUGGAACAAGCUCCCUGAUGACGUCAAGGAUAUUUACUCCAAGGGCUACGCGGACGAAAUGGAGGAAAAUAUCCGGCGAACCAUCGCAACCGAGCCGGAUCCAAUUGUGUUGGACGUAGCCAAAAAGAUGCUGGACGCCGUGCAAACGGCGUAUCCCAGCAAGAUCUACCAGCCCGACUUGCUCACCUGGAAGAUCCUGUACGCGGGAUUUCGUCUGCUUCCCGACGAAAUCACCGAUUUCUGGUUCAAGGAUAUUUCAGGAUUGAUGAAAUCUUAAUUAA